UUGACAUCGGCGUGCACGAGCGACUCCUUUGAUACACGUGUUUUUCCUCUGUACAUCAUGAAAGAAAAUCAAGCGUCUAAGGAGAGGAUCGAACGAACAGUUGAAUAGUAGACUGAUUGUCACAAGUAUACCGUCAGACACAAAUUAGUAAGUCUACUCCCACCUUUUUGAUCUUCAACCAAAUGCUUGCAAUCGCGGCGAUCUGUUUUUAUCUUCUUCGCUGCGAAACGCAGGAAACGAACGAUAGUUGAGUAUGAAAACACGGGAUGCGUAUUAAAGCUUCUCUCCCCCUCCGGUUUGCUUUUCCAGUUCGAUGCAUCUUUCGAUUCAAUUAAUUCGCAGGAUCGGGAAACAACGUUUAACCAUCGAAGAACGCGCGAUAGAACAGCAACAGAGAAACAUUGCUUACAGCUGACUUCCGUAAACCGCAGCCUGAACAAAAUGAUCGUCGCUGACGCGCAUUGCCUGUUGUUCUCUGAAUACAAGGUAAUUUUAUAUAUCAAUAUAUCGAUUAUGACUACAUUAAAUCCCAAUGAACUUACCAUAGUAAAAAGAGACCUACAUGUUCCUUCUCUUGAUGAAAUAAAAGAUGUCUUAAAAGAAGGAUUGAUUAAAAAUUUCGCGGAUGUAGAAGUAGAAAUUGUUGAUUGCCCAGAUUUAACAAAAGAACCUUUCACACUUGCUGCGCCAGGAUUAGGUGGCAACCCAACAUUAUUAGAAAUUGGUGGACCAGCAUUUCUUCUUCCUACUGUACAAAAAAAUAAAUUAUAUGACAUCCAACAACUUUUGAAUCACUUACAAUACAAAGAAGAUUCUUUUGUUGUUGGAGCAGGGGCUGGUCCAUGGCCAUAUCUAAAUUCCAACUGUGAGCUUAUAAUGAAUUUAACUGUUUCACCAUCCAGUGUACAAAAUGGAACUCGUAUUUCAUCUGUCGAUACAACAAAUGGAAAUUGUGUGCUUCAAAUAUUACCUAAUACUGAAACAAGACUUGCUUUAUUAGCUAAUUUGUUUGUUAUUGAAGGGAAACCAGGUAAAGUUUUAAAAGUCCAUGCUAAAAGACGUACUGGAAAUAAUGAUUUUAUUGCAUCUAUGCAAAAAGCAAUUGCUCUGCAUUAUCCAAAUAAUCUUGUUGGAUUAGGAGGAACGUUUUUAAUGAAAGAUGGAAAAGUUAAACAGCAUGUUAUGGCAGACUUCUCAAAAACUCCAUUAAAGACGGAAGCACAACUUAAUAACUGGUUACACUUCUAUAAUAUGUCAACACCUCUAAUUGCUGUUGGUACAUUUGUCAGUUCUGAAAGUGAUUUAGAUCUUCGCGUUCAGCAUUUCCACAGCUUUUCCCAUCACGGAGAGGGUGGACAUUAUCAUAUUGAUACAACACCAGAAACUAUUGAAUACUUGGGAUAUUUCAACUUGGGUACCACACUUUACCGUGUAGAUAAACCACUAACUGGUAUUCAGUUUGGAAAGGAUUAAUUGCUGUUAUAUAAUUGUAUAUACAUUUUGUCUAAAAAGCGAUGCAUAAAUGUUUAUGGUAUAAUAAUCUUACAAACAUAUCUUUUCUAACUAUAUAAUUCAAAUUAUUUGAAAGGAAAAAUAUAUUUUUCAAAUUAUUUUACUAUCAUAAUAAAAAUGAUCACUGAAAUAAAUCUAUAAAGUGUAUGAAUGUA